UUAGUCUAAGCUACCAGCUGAUCAGUAUAGAAGAUGAGAAUCAGCAUUCCCAUUAUAUUUGAAACGUUAUAUAUAAAACUUUCCAACGAACUUUUGUAAGUCUUUAUAAGGUUCUUCAAUGCCACAAUCAAUGUUUCUAGUAGGCAUCUUCGCAUCAUUCGUCUUUUUAUCCGUGGCUAAGGGCGGAAGUAUCACAUUUCCGGAUCACAGGGGGAACACGGUUACUGUCAGCUAUGAACCAGUUGGGUGCUUUGCAGACACUAACAGACGAGCAUUACGUAACGAGUACUAUAACUACCGCCGGAAAAUAAACUGGAACGUCUACCCAGACUUUAGUGCGGUGAUCAACAACUGUGCACGCCAGGCGUACUUGAAUGGCUUUCGUACUAUGUUCGCCGUUCAGUUUUGGGGAGAAUGUUGGAGCGACGGGUCCGCCUUCACGAGAUUCAUGAAGUAUGGACCAUCGAGCAAUUGUGCACAUGGCGUGGGCAAGCAUUGGGCGAAUUACGUGUAUCAUAUGAUGGUCACCCAGAACUCGGUGGUUCAGCAGUGUACCUCAAACGGAGAGGUGUACAACGAAGGAGAUACGAUGUAUGUGCCGAAUGAGUGGCUGGACGUCAAAGACGCUGCUUGCCAGAAGUGUGAGUGCAAUAGUGGAAAAGCUUCAAGUUGUUCUAUAGGCUAUCACUGCGACGCCUUGCUUGAUGGCGCGUGCGAAAAAUACGUCUUGAAGCCAAAGCAGUGUUGCCCCACCUGUGCGUGCGUGCAUAACAACACUGAGAUGGCAGAGGGCUCUACUUGGGCGUUUCGUAAAGACGCCAAGUGCCACGAGUGCACAUGCUCGCGUGGCAAUGGAAAAUGCUCUUUUGUGGGAUGUUCCUGUCCAGUAGGGCAUCAUCAAUCAGAUUCAAUUCCUGAAGGGAAAUGCUGUCCAGAAUGCGUUUCAGAUGCUAAAAGUUCUAAAGAAGCGAUCGCUCUACCGGCCGAGAAACCUCCACCAACUUGGCCAUUAUGGCCAUAACGAUCCAGAAUAAAAAGAAAACAACCCAAAUCAAUCAAAUCAAUCUAUGAGUAUGUCGUUAGAAUAAAAUAAAAUAUAUGGUAAUAAAACUAAUCUAAAGGAUUAA